CCUUUGGUACUAAAAGGGUGGUGGGAGGGAAUAGGAAUUAAAGGUUGGGAGGAAGUAUCUGUUUGAGAAGAUAGGAAAAGGGAAUUUGAGAAUUGAUUGGUGCUAGUGUGCUGUAAGUGGGUGGAUGUGGGGUUUUUUUUCUUCUCUCUCCUUUUUUUUUUGGCUACAGGAAGUGAUUUGCAGUGUUCACAGCCUUUUGUUGAAAAGGGUCCUUCUCAUUUGUGUGAGUCAUGCUUUUGCUGCGAGCGAGUUGGCAGCUCUAAGCAGGACUGGGAUCUCAGUCACAGAAAACUGUUACUUCACCCAACCUUAACAGGGAACCAAAAGAAAUUUCUUUAAAAUAUAUAUUUUUUCAUUUUUCCUUAUACUCUUUUCUUUUUUACCCUAAACUCUUGUUAACCCUCUGUGUCGUUAUGAAUUGCUUGCUAUGUUAGUACAGGCAUCUCCUGCAUUGGCAUCAGAUUUGCCAGAACAUAUGCAGGAAAGCAGAUAGAAGGGCAUGCUUCAACGUACCAAGUAUAACCGCUUCAGGAAUGAUUCUGUGACAUCUGUUGAUGAUCUUUUUCACAAUUUGCCCAUGAACAGCAAGGUCUCAGCAGUUGCUACAACUUCAGCUUCUCCUUCGUACCUGGUCUCACCAGAAGUGCUCCGCAAGGACCAAGAAGAUGGACCCACCGCCCUGUGUACCCUCAUCCAUAAAGUGUCCCACUUGAAACUCUCUAGCACGGGCAGCCUUUUGGGUAUCAAAAACCUCUCCUCUGCAGUAAAGGAGCUUGCUGUCUCCAAAUUGCAGGGAAGCUCGAGUGCUUCUAGUUCAGCAGCAGGGGCUUCAGACAACACAUGUAACCUUGUCUCUGCCACUUCGUGUUCUCAGCAGGACGUGAGCAAGAUGAGUAUGGGGAAAAAAGCAUGGUCAGAGGAAAUGCACCUGGGAAGUGAAGAUUGGAAUCAAACUAGCAGUUUUGUCGAUAAAUCCUCUCGAGGAUGGCUGCACUCGAGUGAGAAGAUCCUGGGACCUGGUGUGACGUACAUUGUGAAGUACUUGGGCUGUAUAGAAGUCUUACGGUCAAUGAGAUCUCUUGACUUCAGUACUAGAAUGCAGGUUGCAAGGGAAGCAAUCAGUCGUGUUUGUGAAGCCAUGCCUGGUGCCAAAAGAGCCUUCAAGAAACGAAAGCCACCAAGCAAAGUCCUUUCUAGCAUCUUGGGAAAGAGCAAUCUUCAGUUUGCAGGAAUGAGCAUAAUGUUGAAUAUCUCCACCAGCAGCUUAAAUCUAAUGAAUCCGGAUACAAAACAGAUCAUAGCAAAUCACCAUAUGCAGUCUAUCUCCUUUGCGUCUGGAGGUGAUCCGGAUACUUCAGACUAUAUUGCAUAUGUAGCUAAGGAUCCUGUUAAUCGUAGAGCUUGUCAUAUACUGGAAUGCUGUGAUGGCCUGGCCCAGGAUGUCAUCAGCACCAUAGGGCAAGCAUUUGAGCUUCGAUUUAAGCAGUACUUGCAAUGCCCUUCGAAGACACCUACUUUCCCUGAUAGGAUGCAGAGUUUUGAGGACCCAUGGACGGAGGAAGAUAACGAGGCAACAGAGCAUCCCUAUUACAACAACAUCCCAAAUAAAAUACCUCCCCCUGGCGGAUUCCUUGAUGCCAGGCUCAAAACAAGGCCUGCCACUGCUGCAGACACAGCUCACUCUGCAUCAGGAGUGGGACGAGAGCAAAUUUAUUAUCAGAGCCAUCACUUAGGAGAAAAAUUCAGUGAAGAAUGGCAUCACAGGCCUGUUAAACAAGGAUCUCUGGAUAUUUGUAGUAUGUCAGAAGAGAAAUCAGAAGUAGCACCAACAGCAGAGCUGCCAAUAUAUGUAAACACCCAGCAUAUAAAUACAGAAGAUCUAUUGGCACUUCAGACAGAUGAUGAAAGUACCUUCAGUGGAACAGCAGAGGAUGCUGAAGCAAGCAGCCCAGGAAAGGAUCUGUUUGACAUGAAACCAUUUGAAGAUGCUCUCAAGAGUCAAACAUCUGAGGCUAUGUUGAAGAAAUCCAUCUCCACGGGAUGCACCAGUCCCCCUUCAUCCAGAGUAGCUGUCCGGACUGAAGCUGAAGAGCUGAGUACAGAGCCAUGGUAUCAAGGAGAGAUGAGCAGGAAAGAAGCAGAACAGCUAUUAAAGAAAUGUGGAGAUUUCCUCGUGAGGAAGAGUACCACGAAUCCUGGCUCCUAUGUGCUGACAGGCAUGCACAAAGGACAAGCCAAGCAUCUUCUUUUGGUGGACCCAGAAGGAACUGUUCGUACAAAAGAUCGCGUCUUUGACAGCAUAAGUCAUCUCAUCAACUAUCACCUUGAGAAUAAUUUGCCUAUAGUUUCUUCAGUGAGUGAACUCUGCCUGCAACAGCCUGCUGAAAGAAAACAAUGAUUCCAGAUAACUCUUUUAGUUAUUGCAACUUGCAAUCUAUUACUGGCAAAAAUUGCAGAUCUGAAAAGAAAAUGUACAUUAAAAAACCCCCAUAUAUUCACACACAUUUCACAAGUGUGUUUUAAGUUUAAAAAGCCCCAUUUCAUAUGGUACACAUGAACAUUUUCAAUGCUUUAUGUGACAUGAAAUCACAGCAAAAGUCUUUCUUAAAAGUAAUUUCAACAAAAUUGUUCAGAUUCUCUAAUGUGAAUGUUGAUAGUGUAUAUACACAUUAUAUAUACAAAUACAGUAUAUAUUUAUAUUUUUCAAGUCAGUCUGUUGACAGUAUAAACUAUCUUCUGUGCCAUGUGUUUUUACCAAAAGAAAAAUGACAAGUGUGAUUGUUCAGAUAAAAAAAAUAGAAUUCAGCAGUCUCAAUUUCUUGAGAAAUUUAAUAUUACAAAUCUUAUUUCUGAUUUUACCUAAGAAGCACAACUAUGGGGAUCACAGAUGGAUUAUGCUAGUUAACCAUGGAAGGAAUCUGAAUUCAGUAACUAGUAUUCCAACUCAGAAAUUUAGCAUAAAAUGUUUUUAAAAAGUGUUAUUCAGUGUCACUGAUAUCAAAAGGAUUCUAUCUUUCCGACAUCAAGUUUGAAUUCUUAUAUGAUGCUAUUCAAAACAUUUGUAUCUUUAGCAAUGAUUUGGUGUGGUCUCUGUGUGUGAGAUGUGUGCUUUGAUUUUUCUACUGAUAUUGUAACAGUGUACUGUAACUUCAAUUUAUUAAUUUCAGUGCUAAGAUUAUUUAUAAGUAGUUCUCUGCUUAUGGUGAAGAUCUAGGUGUCCUUGAACUAAGAGUCUCAAAUCAGAUGUUGCAUAUUGAUUAGACAAGUUCAAAUAACUUGUGUUUAAUAGGCUUAAACAAGAUGUACAUGACUGUUCAAAGACAUAUCUGAAAAAUCUUUUCUUCUUAUAAGCAUUGAAAACUGUCUGAACUCAGUGAUCAGUUUUGCAAAUGAUGCAAACGACGUCACUUGCAUUUACUUGCCAAAGCAUAACUUCAUUUGGCCUUCAGCAAGUGAUAGGUAUUGGAAAUAUACUGUUUUUCUCUAAAUAGCAAGUUAAAAAAAAUACACAUAUAAUAAAGACACAUUUCUGGCAGAAAUGCCCUUAACUUUUGGUACUGGGAAAUGCUUUAAGGGAUGUUUGUACUGUUCACAUUUAAGCAUUAUAUAAAGUUAUUUUCCCAUUCUAUGAAUCUUAUUAUGAGUCAAACUCAAUAGACACAGUUCCUGUAAAUGCAAUGCUUGUGCCAGAGUCAAGAUUUAGCCUUCAGCAAUCCAAGGUUUUCUCUAGCACUAGUCUCUCACAUCAAAUCUUCAGAGUUGAUUCAUAAAAACUCAACAGGGUAAGUCGAGGUUAAGUAUCUGCCUACCCUGCAGUAUAAUUAAAGUUACAUUUGGUUCUAAGAUUUGCUAAGUUUAAAAAUUAUUCCAACCAUAAUCAAACUAACUGAAGAAUUCCCUCAGAAUAUAGUCAAGACUAUCAUGUUAAAAUUCUGAAAUACCUUUCUUGUACCUUCUACUUUUAAAUAUGGUGAAGUUGCAACUUGAAAGUUUGAUUUUGAGUAAUCUCAAAACUGAAAAUUAUUGAGACACCUAUUACACCUAAUGAUGUAAUCUGCACCUUUGUAGAAAUACACUUGAUUCUGUAAUUAGAACCUCCAGAAACCGAACUAAGACAUUAGUGAACCAAAUGCUUGUGAUUAAUUUUACUAAAGAUAGUUAUUAUUUGCUAUUUCUAGGUCUGAAUGAGAGCUGAGAGCAAAGGAGGGCAAUUAAAUGCUGAAUUCAAGUCAAAUCUGUAUGGCACUGAGUUUAGUGGAAUUCUUAAAAUUUUGUUUUACUAGACUGGGAGUGACAAGGAAAUAGCAAGAGAUCUUAUGUCCCAAAGUAGUAUCCACCAAAAUGACAAUCUGAGAGUCUCAAAAAAUUACUUUAUUUAUCCAUGUCUCACCAUAUUGCAGUUUAAAUUAUCUCAGCUGCCACUUUUUAAAAUAUAUAAUGCUUGUUAUUCCAGGCUCUAACCUUCCUGUAGCCAUAUUCUGGAAAGUUUUCACUGCAGUAUCAGUACCUAUAAGAGAAAAUGUCUUUUUUUUCCUUUGAAUAUUGUAUAUAAUUUCAGUAAAAUUCUGCUGCAUAAGCCCCUUAGGUGUCUUCAAACAGUCCACCUCCUUCCUAUGUCUGUUUUGGAUCCCUAAAUACCCUGGAAACAUGAGACAAAAUUUGGGUGUAUGACUUAAAGGCACUAAACAUACACUGAAAUAAAUAUCUUAAUUUUUUACCACAGCCCCAGCUGUAGCUUUAAUAACUUAGCAGCCACUUAGCUGCACGUUUUGGAAAUUAAAGCCGGUGUCAAGGAAACACAAAAUGAAACUGCUUGACAGAAAUACUAAAUUUCCCAGACUAUAUUUCACAAACUGUGCCUCCAGGGAAAUGUGGCUAUUUUGAGCUGCUCUGUCAGCACAACCAAUUUUCCUAGCUCAGCAUAUCCCUUGAUGAUGCAAAGGUUACAUACAUCUCGUCUAGAUGCAGUGUGGUCUGAGAUGGCAGCAGCACCAUUGCACUGCGACGGUGCCCUGCUGACACCAUGGGCCAGCAGGUCCUGUCUGGCCACACAUCAGGAUACACAGGCUUUUCCACAUGGCUGAGAGCCACAAAGCCUCAAAACUGUCCAGAAAGGAAGAGCAUGUAUGCCGCUCCAUUUGUGGAUCCUGGCAUGUUUUUUGUCCGUGUCAUUCAGGUAGAUUUGGCCUUCCCUUUUAUGAGAAGGUGAGAAAACUGUAAAACAAUUUGGAUAGCAGUUCCAAACCAGUUGUCAUGAGAGCAAUUUUAAACUGAUUUAAACCAGAACUAAUGAACCUGCUAGAGUGGCCAGGCUUGCUUCUGUGAGGAGCCAACACUGCAACCAAAUUAAGAGAUGUAAAAGUAAUAAGAUAGAUUUAAAUGCUGAUAAGUUAGCUGAAAGCCUGACAACUGACAGCAUAAUAAUGUGAGUCUUUUAAUGUUAUUUUAAUAGUCUUUGGUCUGGAGUUCCUCACCUUUUUUAUUAUUUCUUAUGCAAACUCAAAGACUAGACACUUGCUUGUGGUAAUUCAGUACCAUGACUUCAAGAAGUGGGAUUUUACUAAAAGAAAAAGAUUUCUAGAUUCAGCAGAAAUCACCGAGAUUAGGUGAUAUUGACAUCUUUUGAUGUUUUUCCAAUGAACAGCUGCGAAGUCAGAACUGGAACUCUAAAUAUCCUGCAAGACUGUCUACAUUGGUUUUGAGUCGUAUCUGAUUAACAGUUUUGAUUCCAGUUGUGUUGCAACUAUAGGAACCAAUAACAAUGCAAACACAUUCAAUGCCUUUAAACAAAUAACAUUUCUAUGUGAACCAGGUGAUUUUGAUUACUUUUUAUUGCAGAUCUAGACUAAUUAUUAAGUUAAUAAAAUUCACCCAGUGUUGCUGGCAGUGAUAGGCUGGACAUCUAGGCACAAUCAUAUUCCCAAACUUUCAGUUAUUUCAGAUGCUUCAGAAAAACUGCAUUACCUUCUGACAAAUGGGAGUUUGCUCAGAGUGAGGAGUUGCUCCCUUUCCUUAAUGUAAGAAGAGAAUGUUCAAACUAACCAUGCCUGACUGAUCACCAUAUGGGAAGAUGCAAUUUCCAUGGCUUAAUGUCUGCCUUUUUGCCCAGUUAUACAGUUGUUUCACUCCACUUAAUUUCAUACAGAGUUCACAACUGGAGGAAACACUGGUUCUGCCAAAACCUGUCUGCCAGAUAUUCAAUAAAAGCUUGAACAAAGGACAUAGUCCCUAUAUUCAUACUUUUUCCACACUGUGGAAUAAUAUACCUACAUUUUUUAUCAUCAUGGUCCCCAGGCAUCACGUAGAGUUAGAUGAUGAGAAUAUAAAAAAAAUUAUGCUGUAGUAUGAUUGCUGCUGGCACAUCAAUGCCAGAUGCCAGCUAUAAUGCAUUAAUAACAGAAUUGAUGCAUAUUUAGACAUUUGUCAGUAGAUUUGAUAACCAGCAAAGUUUUGCACCUUCUAGGAAAUUUGCAGUUAUUAGAAGGACAUUUGGAACUUGUGAAUAUUCUGCAAAAAGCUUACAAAUGAUGCUUUCAAAAUUUUGUUCUUAGCAUCCAAUGUCUAUCCAAAGUAAGUGGUAGAACCAAGAAUUUAUAUUAAGUAAACCAUAAUCCAUAUUUGCAUAAAAGAAGUCUAAACUGAAGAGACAUACUUCCCUUUUUAUCUGCCUGACAGUUUCGAAAUAUGUCUGCAUAAAAUCUAAAUUCAAACAUGCCUUAGUGUACUGUCAAAACCACUUGACUUACGUGGUCUUUUUUGCCCAAGCUGAAGUUUGCGCUCUUCACACAUCCAUGGGGGUUCGAAACUGUGGGUGAAUUUCCACUUAAUGCUCUAUGAUCAGCUGGACUGACUCUACUCACUUGCAUACAGUGUCUGUGGACCUUGGUCAUAGCUGCAUUGGAUGCAGCUGGAAUGAGGGCAGGCCAGUGGAAAAGAUAACAUGGACAUGCAAUUUGCUUGCAGUUAACCAGAGGCUUGGAUAGAGUGAAAAGCUGUCUUGGGAGCGAAAACUUCAGGGAUAAGAAAUGUGAAGCCUGGAAACAUGAGCCAGUAGGCAUUUAAGCCACUAAUGAGAAUAGAGAGUUGCUGCCAAAUUAUAAACAUGCUAAUGGGUUGAUAGAGUUAAAGCAGAACCUCUGGGGAUACAAAACCUACUGCUCAUCUCUUAUUGAGACAUUUGUGUUCACAAGCCCUGAUCCGUUCCUCUGCACACGCCAACGUAAACAUCUCCUAAGGCUACCAGGGAGAAAAUGCAGGGCUUUUUUUUAAUUUUUAAAAUUUUUGUCUCAGUAAAGGGGAUAAGAUUUCAGAGCUACACAUUUCUAGCAAAAGCACCAUACAAAGAAUGUUUAAACCUUGUUUAACAACAGGUCAUGGAAACCAAAGGAAGAAAGAAGUUAGAACUAGGUGACUCAUUCUGCUACCCCACUGUGUAAGAGACAGUGCAGAUGACUCAGAAAACAAAGGUGGCUUCAGAAUUUGAGAUUAAGAUGCAGAUUUACACUUUAUGUAGCUAUCAUGAAGAUCAAAUAAAGUUCAGGUCAAGUGAAAGCUUUUUCUAGCAGUCCUCCUUUUUCUUCCAUGAGGAAAAGGAUACUGAAUACAUCCAGGUAUACAUUAAUUCAAAAUUAAAUUAAAUUUUCUAUUAAGUGAAGAAUGUGAAGAUUAGUAUAUAUUUGUGUCCUUUUUGUCUGGAUUGCUGUGAUAACUGCUUCCUAGUAAAGUCCUGCAGAGUUAAAACUUGAAAGAAGCUAGGUUUCUUCUUUUGAGGUAAAUGUUUUUCUUUGCAUUGUGUGGGCAGCAACAACAAAACUAAAAAGUGACUAUUUUGCUGUAAAAGGAAGUUUUAUUGUACAAUUGUUAUUUAAUACUAUUUAUUACUUUUAGAAAAAUUUUUAACUGAGAAUUGCAGGAAAAAUAACGUAUGUGGAAAUAUUGUGAUAAUUUAUAUUCCUAACCACUUUUGUGAAUCUCAAGUGUUUGCCUCUCUGCUGACUGUGACAUUUUAGCUGUAGAGACAAAUUUUGUCUCUGAGGAAGUCCUUGAGCAAUGUAGUUUGGAAUAUAAGUGUCAUGCAACUGUUUUCUGAUUAUUCAGUUUGUAUAUGUUUAACCAAAGUAAUAAAACAGUGAGCACUAUUACUAGAUUGAAAUGCA